AACUCUUUUAGAGAAAACUUUACAUGAAUUUUAUAUUAUAAAAGAGGUGAGAAGAAAAAAGAUUCAUCCAAUCAAAAGUAAUAAUGUGCCUAGCUUUCCAAACAAUCCAUCAAAGAGUUCCUCCAGCAAGUCUUGAAUGAUGUUUUGGUUUUUUUUUUUAAUCUCCUACCUCAUUUUAGCACAGAGUAUGUUUUACUCACCAUUGCGUCUCGAACACCAAGCACAGUGCCUGGCAUAACCACAUUUCUUUGAAUGAAUGAAGGUAGAACUCUAGAUAGUUCUGGUCCUAGUGCUCUAUGGAGUAACUUUGUGAAUAAGACAAUUAAUUUCUCUGGACUUCAGUUUUGUCCUCUGUCAAAGAGAGGGCUUCAAUUGGAUUUAUUUCUUAAGGACCUCUGUAGUUUAAAAUUCUGAUUCUAAAAUCUCAAGUGGAAACAUUUGUGUUCACAUUGUAUGUAUAUGGUGUUUGUUUUUGCUUUCCAAACUUUUGUGCAUAUUCUCAACAGAUUAUUUUCUUCCAGCACAGUGGAGAGACGAUAAGAACUUGUUAUAUGAUGGGAAAUGAGAAAGUAGCAGCCAACAAAGCCUGACAAAGAGUAUUCUGUGGAACUUUGGCCUCACGGAACACAAUUUAAGAAAUAAUCUACACACGAUGACCAGGCGUUCUUUAAGCCCGUUAUUGAAGACAUGAGCAUGGAAUUGGCCAGAAGGUGCACCAAACUCAUUAGUGACAUCCAUUACAAAGAAGAGUAUAAAAAAUCUAAGGGCAAGUGUACAUUUGUGACUGACACACCUAUGCUAAACCAUGUAAAACAUAUUGGCGCUUUUAUUUCUGAGGCAAAAUACAAGGGCACCAUUAAGGCGGACCUUUCCAAUUCUCUUUAUAAGCAGAUGCCAGCCACAAUUGACAGUGUCUUUGCAAGAGAAGUUACGCAGCUGCAGAGUGAGAUUGCCUACAGGCAGAAACACGACGCUGCCAAAGGGAUCUCAGAUUACGCCCACAUGAAGGAGCCCCCCGAGGUCAGACAUGCCACGGAGGUCACCAAGCACCAGAGUAACAUUUUUUACAGAAAGGACGUGCAGGACACCCACACGUAUAAGGCGGGGCUUGACAGACCAGACAUCAAGAUGGCGACGCAGAACAGCAAGAUCAUAAGCAGUGCUGAAUACAAGAAAGGACAAGGAGUAAUGAACAAAGAGCCUGCUGUAAUUGGAAGACCAGAUUUUGAACAUGCUGUGGAAGCUUCUAAACUUUCUAGUCAAAUUAAAUAUAAAGAAAAAUUUGAUAAUGAAAUGAAGGAUAAGAGACAUCAUUACAAUCCUCUUGAAAGUGUUUCUUUUAGGCAAAGUCAGCUGGCCACUGCCCUGGCGAGUGAUGUGAAGUACAAGAAAGACAUUCAAAAUAUGCAUGAUCCAGUUUCAGAUUUCCCAGACUUGUUUUUAGACCAUGCUUUGAAAGCCAGCAAAAUGCUCAGCGGACGAGAGUAUAGAAAGCUUUUUGAAGAAAACAAAGGAAUGUAUCAUUUCGACGCGGACGCUGCAGAACACCUGCAUCAUAAAGGCAACGCCACGCUCCAGAGUCAGGUUAAGUACAAAGAAGAGUAUGAGAAAAACAAAGGGAAAUCGAUGCUUGAAUUUGUUGAGACACCAUCAUAUCAAGCUUCAAAGGAGGCCCAGAAGAUGCAGAGUGAGAAAGUUUACAGAGAGGAUUUUGAGAAAGAGAUUAAAGGAAGGUCGUCACUGGAUUUAGACAAGACUCCAGAGUUUUUACAUGUAAAGUACAUCACCCACCUUCUGAAGGAGAAAGAAUAUAAAAAGGAUUUGGAAAAUGAAAUAAAGGGGAAAGGAAUGGAACUUAAUUCAGAAAUUCUUGAUAUUCAAAGAGCAAAACGAGCAUCUGAAAUGGCCAGUGAGAAGGAAUACAAGAAAGAUCUGGAGUCAAAAAUUAAAGGGAAGGGAAUGCAAGUCGGCCCCGACACUCUUGGAAUCCAGCACGCCAAAAGAGCUUCUGAGAUGGCGAGGGAGAAAGAUUAUAAAAGAGACCUGGAGACUGAAAUUAAAGGGAAAGGCAUGCUGGUGAGCACAGACACUCCCGAUAUCCAGAGAGCGAAGAAGGCAUCUGAAAUGGCCAGCCAGAAAGACUAUAAGAAAGACUUGGAAAAUGAAAUAAAAGGGAAAGGAAUGCAAGUGAGCAUGGAUAUCCCGGAUAUGCUUCGAGCCAAGAGGGCAUCUGAAAUCUACAGCCAGAAAAAAUAUAAAGAUGAGGCAGAGAAGAUGCUUUCCAGCUAUUCUGUUGUGGCAGACACACCUGAAAUUCAGCGAGUUAAGACAACUCAACAAAACAUUAGUGCGGUGCUUUAUAAGAAGGAAGUAGGAGCAGCCACAGCGGUGAAAGACACUCCAGAGAUUGAACGAGUGAAGAAAAAUCAGCAGAAUAUUAGCUCAGUGAAAUACAAGGAAGAGAUGAAACAGGCAACAGCCAUUUCCAAUCCACCAGAGCUGAAGAGAGUUAAGGAGAACCAGAAGAACCUCAGCAAUCUCCAGUACAGAGAACAAAGCUGCAGAGCCACUCCAGUGAGCAUGACCCCGGAGAUAGAGAGAGUGAGGAGGAACCAGGAGCAGCUGAGUGCGGUGAAAUAUAAAGGAGAGAUUCAACAGGCAACUGCGAUUUCCGAUCCACCAGAGCUGAAGAGGGUUAAAGAAAACCAGAAGAACCUCAGCAAUGUAUGUUAUAAAGGUCAGCUGGGAAGAGCUACGGCUCUAAGCGUCACUCCUGAAAUGGAAAGAGUAAAGAAGAAUCAAGAAAAUAUUAGUUCGGUAAAAUAUACCCAGGACCAGAAGCAGAUGAAAGGUAGACCAAGUCUGAUUUUAGAUUCACCUGGUCUCAGACAUGUCAAAGAAGCACAAAAUCAUAUUUCAAUGGUGAAAUAUCAUGAAGAUUUUGAAAAGACGAAGGGAAGGGGCUUCACUCCUGUUGUGGAUGACCCUGUGACAGAGCGAGUGCGGAAGAACACCCAGGUCGUCAGCGAUGCCGCCUAUAAAGGUGUCCAUCCUCACAUCGUGGAGAUGGACAGGAGGCCCGGCAUCAUUGUCGACCUCAAAGUUUGGCGCACAGAUCCUGGCUCCAUCUUCGACAUUGACCCCCUGGAAGACAAUAUUCAGUCUAGAAGCCUACAUAUGCUCUCUGAAAAGGCAAAUCAUUACAGGAGACAACGAUCUCGAUCUCAUUCGAGCAGUACUUUUGGUACAGGUCUGGGAGAUGACAAAUCAGAAAUAUCCGAGAUUUACCGUAGCUUUUCCUGCUGCAGUGAGCUAACAAGACCAUCUGAUGAUGGAGCACCUGUUCUUCCCGGAGCCUACCAGCAGAGCCAUUCCCAAGGCUAUGGGUACAUGCACCAGACCAGCCUGUCAUCCAUGCGGUCAGUGCAGCAUUCACCACAUCUGAGGACCUACCGAGCCAUGUACGAUUACAGUGCCCAGGAUGAAGAUGAAGUGUCCUUCAGGGACGGCGACUACAUUGUCAACGUGCAGCCCAUCGACGCCGGCUGGAUGUACGGCACGGUGCAGAGAACUGGGAAAACGGGAAUGCUUCCAGCGAAUUACAUCGAGUUUGUUAAUUAAUCCUUUCUCCUUGCCCUUUGAGCUUUCUUCUAAUGUAUACUAAGCCUAAUCUUUUUAAAAGAUAGCAGAUACUUUUAAGACAACUUGGCAGUUAUUUUACUAAUAGUCUAUCCUUCCUUUGACAAUUAGACACACAGGUACCAGGAAGAAGGAAUGACUUCUGGGCUGAAAACAGCAGCAUUUUCGGUAAUUCGUACAAACGAAAUAAUUAGGUCUGGAGACCUGGUGCUGCUAAUUGUGUUAAUGGUUUCUUUGAUUGGCUAUUGAACCCUUCUGGGAAAAUGUAUUUUUGUAGACUUUAAUAGAGAUGUCGAUUGUCCCUUAAAUGUAACAAGUAUAUGAAACUUCUUAGCUGUCACUUUGGAAUCACCAGAAGCCAAUUCUCUUAAUUCAAUAACACAGCCAAUAAUUUAAAAACCAUUUUGCUUUUGAGUCAUGAGGCAAUUUCCAAUUCAAGUGAAAAUUGCCAAAUGUAAUAAAUGUCAGUGGUGGCAGAAUGACAGUUUGGUUAAAAUUAUAUGGCCUUGUGGCCUUAGGGAUCUAGAAACUUCUACCGAACAAAGAAAUUUCCUCAUUCCCUGGGCCGACUUGGGUCUACUUAUUUCUCAUUUGUACCGAGGCAUAUCCUGCUUUCCACUUAUGUUCUGUGAACCCAAGUAUAUAUGCUUGGCUCCAAAGAAUGUCAGGACCAAAUACCUUCACAGCUACUCUGCAAAGGGCAAAUUUUAAGGUCAUCUCUGUUAUUUCCCUGAUACUAAUAGCUUUUACCCUGUUGCAUGUCCCGUAGGUUCAAGCUUCUGUAACAUAGGCAGCCGCACUGCCCAUUUCUGUUAUUAAAACAAAAAGCGUGGCUGAUAUCUAAAAGCCGUCUCCUCUAGCCGCCAGCUCAUCAGAAAAACAUAACUUGAAAAGUUGCUUGAGAUUCCCCUGCUGCAUUGCACUCUAGUUUUGAGGGAUUUACACCUUAGGAAAUAGAUGUAUACUCUAGCAAAUAAGUGAUUUAGACAUUUAUUGAACACCUUUCAUUAACUUAAUGCCACUGUUGAUCUAAAAGCAAAGAAAACUUCAUAGGAGCCAGUGACAAAGUCGAAUUACGAAAUGUGCUGGAGGAAACCAGUGAACAAAAAAUUAUCAGCUCCACGCAGAGAGACAGAGGAUCUGGUUUCUUCUAGUGGAAAAUGGUAUUCAGAUUCUGGACUGGAAAUCUAGCCACCGAAACUGGUUAACGAAAAGACUUCCUUUCCACUUUCUGGUUUUUAUUUUCUAAAUCACAUUCAAGAGAUGAGGUAGAAAGGACACCAGAGAUCUGAGGUACAGGCCCACCUACCUGUUCAUUAGAAAAAAAUUGUUGUCACAUUUUCAUUUUCAAAUGAGUGACUUUGCAGGCUCUUGUUGGAUUCACAGCCAUGACCGUCAUGUCAUGAAGUUUUACCUGGAGUCCCCAGUCAAGAUCGCUGGAGAGAUGAACAUUAGUCAGCAACUCUGUGUUUUUCUGAUUGUGCCAUUUAUUGGGACUUGCAACAGGGUAGCCCUCAUAUAUGGUCUGACUCUAUAGUUGUGAUGAAACUGAAAAAAGCAGAGUUACAAAAAUGUAAUCAAAUGCCUGGGUCUUGGGGAUAUCUGCCUUAUGUGAUAUGUUCAAAGAAGUUAACAAAAUAUCCCUUAAAAUACCUUUUAUGGAAACGUGUAUUAGUCCAAAGGCAAACAUUAAUUUAUUUAUACCUUUGAAAAGUAAGCGGAUACUUUUGAAAACCUGUAGUCUUAUUUAUCAGGCUGAAAGAGUAAUUAAAUAAGCUUUAUUACACUCAAGCUGCAUCAGCAUGACACUGACAUAAAGUGGAAAAGAGAAAAAUUCAGGCAAAUAACUAGAGAUGGUUUUUUUUGAGGGGAUUUUACAGAUGACCACAUAACCAGUUUGGCUGAUUUGGCUGAUUUUCUAUGAUUGAAAUGGCCAGUUGUGAUUUAAUUGAUUGAACCCCAUAUCUGUUUUGUUGUCUUAUGCACAAACGUACAAAGACAAGUGGAACUUGCAAUAUUCUUGCAAAAAUUUCUGUGCAUUAAAACUGAGGGCAGUAAGCUUGCUUAGUUUUAUUAUACCAUUAAGUAAAUAUUUAUGAUUCACCCAGACAGAUCACUUUUUUGGUGAUUAUAAAAAAGAGUAGUUUUUGAUUAAAUUUGCACACUAAAUGUCAGACGGGUACAAUUUUUGAUAAAUAGCACAUUUAUAGGAAGCUCAAAGGAGACUGACUUGAAAUGAUGAUUAUUUAUCGGGGAAGUUACCAUAAAGGAGCAGGAUGUUUCAUUGUUUUUCUCAUUUGCUGAUUUCAAAAUCGGAUUCACUGAAUGUAAAAAUCAAUAUAAAAGUCAAUACUUAUUUGGGGAAUAAUUCUAACAUUUUCUGCUUCACACAGUGCAUAGCCAGAUGUUUCUGCUUCAAGCGUUAAGGAAUUAAGAUUUUAUCAGGAUUUAACUAGAGGGUAGUUAAUUUAUAAAGACUGAGGGAGAACGAGAUGUCACAUGUCCCUGAUGCUAUAACUUGACAGUCAUCACUGUUACUAAGGCCUGUCGGGAUAUUAAGCAUUUCAGUGGAAAUAUAGGAAAAAAUAUAUGUAGAACCAAAGUGCUAUUUUUACAACAUCAUUUUCAAACCUACAUUCCUGAAUAGCUUUCCCCCUUUCCACACACCCCCUCACACCUUCGAUUUGGCAACAGAUGCUUCAUACAUGACACUAAUAGCUCAAGAUGGGUUUAAAAAUCAAGUCUUUUAAAAAUCAAGUCAAAGAAGACUGUGCAAAUGCCCCAGCACAGAGAGCAUGCACAACUUUGAUGUGUUCUCAAGCCUGAUAAAUAAAGCACAAGGGCAGAUUGACAUGCUUUGAACAGGUUCCGAAAACAGAGCUGUACGUGGGUUACCUCUCUCUCUUGAGGGAGGAUCGGAGCAACAGAAUCUAUUGCUCUGGGUGUAAGUUUUUGUAGUAAGUAACUUUACUAAUUCUUGUUCUCGAGGAAAGCUUUCUAUUUCUAACCUGUGGCAAAAUGAAUUCUUCACGUCUUCUUGUUGUCAUUCACACCCCCGCAGUGUAGCCCACUCUGAGAUCUCUGAGAUAUUUACCUGCUUGUCAGAUCUCUGCGCGUCCCUGCAUCUUCUCAGGCCUCCCCCCACGUCCAGAGACCGCACGGGAACUUGCAAGCACGAUUUCCAGGAGCACAUUGUGUGGAUAUGGGUGCGGUUAGACCGGCCUCUGUCUUGCCCCUGGGUUCAUUGUUUGAGGAUGAUGGAGAUGCAGUUUUGGCAGGUGUACCGCGGUCUUCCUUUCCUUUUCCUCUCCGUGUUGAGCUAGGCAGCACGCUGGCAUUUGGGAAGCAGACGUUUAGAAAACAGACAGUGGAAGCUCAAGAGGUACAUCUCUUUUUUCAGGUUUGUUUGUCCAUCUCCAGUCGAAUGUUUUUUGUGAAAAGCUAAAGACAAUGUGUGUGAUCCUUUAAUAACACCCCCCUCUAUAUAGAGUGGAUAUAGUUUAUACCAAAAGUAUAAUAUAGAGAUAUAAAAACAUCUAGGUGCCUUUUUGAUCACGCUUGUUUAUUUGCUAUGGUCUUGGAAAGCAAACCGAGCAAGCAAGUUUCUGCCUGUUCUAUGGUAAUAUUUUAUUACAGGAUUGAUAUUUUUAUGGUGGGAAAGUGAGGUGCUCCUGACAGACAUGAAAGGUGAUAGCUGAUUCUGUUUUCCCUCUAGAGGUUUAGAACUUGAGAAAAUACUGACCUCUUCCAUCUAUUUCUGAAAGAUUCUUUGUGGAUUUAUAUAUAGUUGAGACGCAUAAACAUUAACUUUAGGGUUGAGAUUUAAAAUACCUAUGGUAAGGUAGAAGAAUGAUGCGAGGAGGCUGAAUUCAUUACACAAGAUGAAAUUCACUCCAUAAAUCCAUUAUACCUUAGGUCUUUGCUUCUGAUAAGCUGACAGUGGCUGGAGUGUGGUUGUUUUGGGUAAGGCGGCAUGGAAGUGAGAAAGCUUUAGUUAAUAAGAAGUUCUAUAAGCCAAGCUGAGAAUGCUAAAAUGAAAGUCUCUUUCGGAAGUAUCCCAUGCUCAUUAAGGUUCUUUCCAGGCAACUGUCAACUAGUGAUAAUCAAAAAAAUCACGGCCUUGUAUGACGCUUCUGUAGCCAUCAUUCCACAAUGCUUAGACUCCUGGAAUCCACAGGCCUGGAAAGAUCUCCUCAGCUGUCCAUGUUACUCCAGUACAUUCAUGGGGGUUCUAUGUGCUUUUUGUGUUUGACGUAUGGUACCCAGUUUGCAUAGUAUACACUUCUUUGUAAUCCGGUUGCUGUUAAGGAUGCUUUACUUUAAAGGAAAAGAGAAAAGUGCACCGUAGUCCCGAUUUUUCAGUGUCCACACGGUGAGUGGAUGAGCAUUUAGAAGCAGCACUGAGCGUGUUACAGGCCGUGUGUGGGACUGUUGACCUCUGACCUGUGAUAAAAGUGCAAAAUCGAGUCAUUGUGCAGAUUGGCUUCUGUUUGCUUCCAGACAUGUUGAAUUGCGGUUGGUGUUUAAUUUUGCAAGGUCGUACUGACUUUGAGAGCAUACAGUUUUAUAGGAGACACUUCAUGUUUUUAAAACGAAGGGGCUCACGGAAGGAUACAAUGUUAUUAAUAUAAUUUGGCUUUUGUUGUGCAAAUUGUUAACACCAGCUAUUAAAAUAUAUUUUAGUAGAAAUGCUUUAAUUCAUGUUUUUUUCCUCUACACUGUGAAUCUUUAAGCCUUGGUGGACUAGAGCAACAUCGUGCUGCCCAAAGGACUAACCUAUGCAAACUAGUUCACAUUUUAGUGGUUGUCACAGUAGUUGUGUAAUGAGACAUGGUUUCCCCCCAUGUAAUGUACAGCAGCGCUGAGGUAACACGUUAAGCCUAGCAUCAUGUAUGUAUAGUACAGUUCCUCACAAACCCUUCAAGGCUACCGUAAUCUUCAGCAUUACCACGCGUGUAAGAGCAGAUCACUGAUUUAUCUAUUAAAGCAACUGGAACAAUGUCAGGACAAGAAUGACAGAUGGAUGCAUCAGCCCUGGCUUCCACGUGGUCACUGCAAGUGUUCUCCUGUGACAGAACCGUGUUCUCAGAUGCACUCUCUCCAGGGUAUUAUUAUUCUGUGUCUUCUCUCUGUAUUUGUAAAACAUUAUAACGCUUUAAUUUCCUAUCUCUACACCUUCGGUUUGCUUAAAUAAAUGCAGGAUAUAACAAAA